GCAGCUUCCCCAUGCUCCAGAGAUCCCCAGUGCAGCUCUGAGCCAGGUAGAGAAGAGGGCCAUCAAUCUGACCUGGGCUCAGGCCUUCGAUGGGAACAGCCCCCUGAUCCGAUACAUCCUGGAGGUCUCAGAGAACAAUGCCCCGUGGACAGUGCUCCUGGCCAAUAUUGAACCGAAGUCGACCGGGGUGACCGUGGGUGGUUUGAUCCCAGCACGGUCCUACCAGUUCAGGCUGUGUGCGGUCAAUGACGUGGGCAGGGGACAGUUCAGCAAGGAGACUGACCGACUCUCUCUACCAGAGGAGCCCCCCAGUGCCCCUCCUCAGACGGUGAUUGCCAGUGGUCGUACCAACCAGUCCAUCAUGAUCCAGUGGCAACCACCCCCGGAGAGCCACCAGAAUGGACCGCUCCAGGGAUACAUCAUCAGGUACUGUCUGUCAGGACUACCAGUGGACUGUCAGAUGAAGAACAUCACCAGGCCAGACCAGAAUAACCUACUCCUGGAGGACCUCAUCAUCUGGACUAACUAUGAGAUGGAGGUGGCAGCCUACAACAGGGCUGGGAGGGGUACCUACAGCCACAAGGUUACAGAGUGGACCCUGCAGGGAGUCCCCACUGUCCCACCAGGUAAUGUCCAGGCUGAGCCAUUCAACUCCUCUACAGUCAGGCUGACCUGGUCAGCUCCUAGCCCUCAGUUCAUCAAUGGCAUCAACCAGGGAUACAAGCUGUUGGCGUGGGAGGCGGGUCAAGAGGAGGAUGUUACCAUGGUGACAGUGAGACCUAACUUCCAGGACAGCGUGCAUGUGGGCUACGUGACUGGACUGAAGAAGUUCACAGAGUACUACACCUCUGUCCUGUGUUUCACUACACCUGGAGACGGCCCUCGCAGCCCGCCUCACAGACUACGCACUCACGAAGACAAGCCUGGUGCCGUUGGUCACCUGAGCUUUACAGAGAUCCUGGACACAUCUCUGAAGGUCAGCUGGAAAGAUCCCAACGAGAAGAAUGGAGUCCUCACAGGCUACCGUAUCUCGUGGGAGGAGUUUAACCGGACCAACACCCGGGUCACCCACUACCUCCCUAACCUGACCCAGGAGUACCGAGUCACCGGGCUGACCGCCCUCACCACUUACACCAUCCAGGUGGCCGGGAUGACCUCCAAGGGACAGGGUCAACUCUCUUCUUCUACAAUAUCAUCUGGAGUUCCCCCAGAGAUGCCGGGCCCGCCAACCAACAUAGCCAUCUCCAACAUCGGCCCCCGCUCUGUGGCCCUGCAGUUUAAACCUGGCUAUGACGGCAAGACGUCCAUCUCACGCUGGCAGGUUGAGGCACAGAUUGGUAUAAUCGGGGAGAAUGAGGAGUGGGUGAUGGUCCACCAGUUGCCCAACGAGCCUGAUGCCCGCUCCCUGGAGGUCCUGGACCUGAACCCCUACACCUCCUAUAGGUUCCGUAUGCGCCAGGUGAACAUAGUGGGGACCAGUCCUCCCAGCCAGCCCUCCAGGAAGAUCCAGACCCUGCAGGCGCCUCCAGAUAUCUCCCCCUACAACGUCACCAUCCGAACAGCCUCAGAGACCAGCCUCUGGCUCCGAUGGGUGCCUCUUCCAGAGUGGGAGUACAAUGGUGACCAGGAGUUGGUGGGUUACCGGGUUCAGUACUCCAGAGAGACAUCUAAGGAAGGGGUCCUGUCCCACGUCAUCAGUGACCGGCUGGAGAGGGAGUUUACCAUAGAGGACCUGGAGGAGUGGACAGAGUACGAAGUCAGGGUUCAGGCCAUCAACGGCUUGGGCUCUGGGCCCUGGAGCCAGCCUGUCCAGGGCCGAACCAGGGAGUCUGUGCCGUCCUGUGGUCCCACCAAUGUGUCAGCCUUCGCCACGACUUCCAGCAGCAUCCUGGUCCGCUGGGGGGAGGUCCCUCAGACUGACCGCAACGGACUCAUCCUGGGAUACAAGGUGGUGUAUAAGGACAAGGGUUCAGACUCUGUCCCUCAGUACUGGGAGGUGGAGGGGAACACCAGCCACAGUGUUCAGUUGAGUGGUCUGGGGAAGUACGUGCUGUAUGAGAUACAGGUUCUGGCCUUCACGCGGAUAGGAGACGGCAGGAGCAGCAGGCCAUCCAUCCUGGAGAGGACCCUGGACGAUGUCCCCGGUCCUCCAGUGGGCAUCCUGUUCCCAGAGGUGAGGACCGGCUCAGUCAGGCUCAUCUGGCAGCCUCCUGCCCAGCCUAACGGCAUCAUCCUGGCCUAUCAGAUCACACACAGACGGAACACCUCCAAUAGCAACGCAGCCACUGUGGACGUGCUGAGCCCCAGUGCACGACAGUAUACAGCAUCUGGACUGAAACCAGAGUCUGUCUAUGUGUUCCGCCUCACCGCUCAGACGCGCAAGGGCUGGGGGGAGGCUGCAGAGGCCCUAGUGGUCACGACAGAGAAGAGAGCGCGGCCCCAGCCAGCCAGCCGUCCCACAGUGCCCCAGGAGGACGUGCAGGCGCGCAGUGUGAUGUUGUCAUGGGAACCAGGUAGCGACGGCCUGUCACCUGUCCGAUACUACACGGUGCAGUACAGAGAGCUACCAGACAGUAACUGGACUGUCCACUCUGCAUCGGUCAACCACGAGGCCAGCUCCUACAUAGUGGACAGCCUCAAGCCGUUCACCUCCUACCAGUUCAGAGUGAAAGCCACCAACGACAUCGGGGACAGUGAGUACAGCCAGGAGAGUGAGGCUGUCACCACACUGCAGGACGCCCCAGACAAAGCUCCCACAAUCCUCUCUGUUACACCCCACACCACCACGUCGGUGCUGGUCCGAUGGGAGCCGCCUGCUGAGAAGCAGAUAAACGGGGUGCUGCUGGGGUUCAGGGUACGAUACCGGGAGUUACAAUAUGACCGCCUCCGUAGCUUCACCAUACGAACCAUCAACAGCCCCGCAUCCAACUGGGCCGAGCUCACCGCCCCCUACAGUGUGAGGAACCUGAGCGAGUCCUCGCUCACCCAGUACGAGCUUGAUAACUUGAGUAAACACAAGCGUUAUGAGAUCCGCCUAAGUGUGUACAACGCCGUGGGAGAGGGGCCUACCAGCACGCCACAGGAAGUGUUUGUAGGAGAGGCAGUUCCAACAGCCCCGCCCCAAUCUGUGACCAUCCAAUCAUCAACAGCCACCCAGCUGGAUGUCACAUGGAGCCCGCCUCCUCUUGACUCUCAGAAUGGAGACAUACAGGGGUACAAGAUCUACUUCUGGGAGUUCCAGAUGCAGAAUGAGACAGAGAGACUGCGUACCAUGUUCCUCCCAGAGCUAGGGGUCAAGAUUAAGAACCUGACUGGCUAUACCACAUACAUGAUCAGUGUAGCAGCCUUCAACGCAGCAGGGGACGGGCCCCGGAGUCCCCCGACCAGGGGCCGAACACAACAGGCUGCCCCCAGCAGACCCAGCUUCCUCCACUUCAGUGAGCUGACCACCACGUCAGUCAACAUGUCGUGGGGAGAGCCAGGCCAGGCCAACGGCAUCAUCGAGGGCUACCGCCUGGUCUACGAGCCCUGCACACCUGUUGAUGGUGUUAGUAAGAUAGUCACAGUGGACGUGAAGGGCAGCACCCCCCUGUGGAUGAAGAUUAAGGACCUGGCUGACGGGGUGACCUAUAACUUCAGGAUCCGGGCCAAGACCCUCACCUACGGGCCGGAGGUGGAGGCUAACAUCACUACUGGACCAGGAGAAGGAGCCCCAGGCCCUCCAGGUGAACCCUUUAUCUCCCGGUACGGCACGGCCCUCACCCUACACUGGACCAGUGGAGACCCAGGCCGAGCUCCCAUUACACGCUACGUCAUUGAGGCCAGGCCCUCUGAUGAAGGACUGUGGGAUAUCCUCAUCAAAGACAUUCCAAAGGAAGUGACAUCAUACACACUGAACCUGGACAUGCUGAGAGAAGGGGUUACUUAUGACUUCCGGGUCAUUGGGGUCAACGACUACGGCUAUGGCUCCCCCAGUGCUCCUUCACCCUCUAUCUCUGCCCAGAAAGUGUCUCCCUUCUAUGAAGAGUGGUGGUUCCUGGUGGUCAUUGCUCUGGUGGGCCUAAUCUUCAUCCUCCUCCUCGUCUUCAUCCUCAUCAUCAGGGGCCAGAGUAAGAAGUACACCAAGAAGGCUGACUCAGGGAGCCACAGUAACAGCACCUCGCUGCCCCUGUCCCAUGGGGAGAUGGUCAGGCUGGACGAGGGACGUUUCCCCGCCCUGGAACUCAACAACAGACGCCUGUCAGUCAAGAACUCCUUCUGCCGCAAGAACGGCAUCUACACACGGUCUCCCCCGAGGCCCAGUCCAGGUAGUCUACACUACUCUGAUGAAGAUGUCAGUACCAAGUAUAAUGAUCUGAUCCCUGCAGAGAACAGCAGCCUGACUGAGAAGCACUCUGAGAUAUCAGACUCACAGGGCAGCGACAGCGAGUACGAGGUGGAUCAGAACCGGGGCGGGCAACAGAAGACACACUCCUUCGUCAACCACUACAUCAGUGACCCCACCUACUAUAACUCCUGGCGCCGCCAGGAGAAGGGCGUCUCUCGCCCCCCGGCCUACGGAUAUACACAGCCAGAGCCGCUGCACCCCCAACCCCUGGCUGAGCAAGAUCCCAUCCAGCCCACCACCAACACCACCCCGAGACACCCUCCACCCCUGCCCCCACUACCCCCCCUGCUGCCCCGGGCCCUCUCUCCAUCCCCCCAGCCCCAGGGCCUCCAGGGGCUCCGUAGCCAAGGGGGUCUCAUCCAGGGUCUGGCACCCCAGGGUCAGGGCACACUAUUCAGGCCGAAGGGCAGCCGGACUCCAACUCCCUCGCUGCUGUCCUGUUCUGUGUCUGAACCCCCCAGCCAGCACGGGACCCUCCUGUACAGCAGUAGGCCUCCAAGCAGCUUGGGCUGUUCCUCCACCCAGCAGCCUCCUACCGCGGGCUUCUCCUCUUUCGUUUGAACCACGUUUAACACACUGCUCCCAGUAGGAACAUACAGUGGGGCAAAAAGUAUUUAGUCAGCCACCAAUUGUGCAAGU